AUGGCGAAAUAUCUCAAAAAUAACAGUAGUAAUCGCAACCAAUUCCAGCAGUUCAUCAACAAGGCCUCCCAGACUAGUGUCCUUGCAAGCUGUUACAGUGUGACUGAGUCGACCUCAGCUGUCAAGGGCUUCCAUUACUGCACUACGACGGGCACCGGUAUGGCUUCCUUCUUCUCCCUCUCCCUAUCUCUUUCUCUCUUCGCUAUUGCUACCUCAUCUAAAUUUCAACUGCAUGCUGACAUCUACCUUAAUUUUGCCGGAUCGAAGCCCCCUUUAAUAAGUCCUCCUUUCGAUACCUCCAUCCGCUCGGGGAUGGAGAGCACAUGGCCAGGAAUUAGUCUGCCAGAAUACAGAAGGGAGGCAGCGCAUACCAUCUCGGGAGAGUGUGAGAGGCUCUUCUGCGACGCACUGUCUGCGAUGCUCCAUGGUGAGAGGAGACUCGCGCGACGGGAGUUGCUUGAGGUGGAUGCGUGUCAAGCUAACCAGCAGGGCCAUACUGGACAAGAACAUGAGCGUGUCCAAUCGUGGGUGGAGAUGUGGGAUUAUACAAGCGAUGCUAUUUAUCGAGGCUUUGUGACAGAGACGAGCGGCGAGCGAACAUUGUUCGUCUUCUUCGAAGAUAAUGCAUUGGGGCAUGGUCUCAAAAGCGGACUAAUCGCACUUUUCGAGCUUGCUGGCAUGUCUGCUUUUUGCUGUUCUCAGAUCGUUGCUUGCAUCCAGCGUUCGCAAGAUACAGCUGAGCUUGAAGUCGAAAUACAAGGGGCUUCACCAGGGCAGACCACCCAACCAGCAAAUAUGCCAAACGCACAUCAUUUCAAUCUUCCCCUGAUUCCGAAAUUCCUGCUUCCGCCCACAGUGUUCCGCUCACGACAGAGUGCGGGGUGUGAUCCUUCUCAGCCUAACGAUCAUGGCAUUUCGAAAAGUGAAAAGUAUCUAGGCGGUCAUGUAUCAUAUCUUCAUUGCUCCCGCUGUGCAGCAGACAUUUGCUUGGCUUCUCAGGUCGUCAGCAAAGGUUUCAAUGGUCAGCAUGGCCGUGCCUACCUUGUCUCCCCGGAGCCCGUUGCCAGUGCAGUUUCCAUGAGCGCAUCAUCCUCACCAACCAUCUCGCUACCGAAUACCAUCCUCCAAAAGCCUGUGUGGCGCCAGCUUGUUACAGGAGGACAUACUGUCAGCGAUAUGAGCUGUGCUUCCUGCGGAAGUGUGCUUGGUUGGAAGUAUGUUGCUGCCGAUGAGGAAUCGCAGCGAUACAAAGUCGGCAAAUUCAUUUUGGAAACCAAAAAGGUCACGGCAUCAUCUUGCUGGGAAUCCCCCCCAAGAAACAUCGGUUCUGCCGCACCAUUUGGCACUGUUAAUUCCCGGAAUUCAGGUACCAAACUUGAUGAAGAUAUAAGUUUUGACAGUCAAGAUGAGGAUGAGUGCGAGGACUUAUUUGCCGGAAUCUGGAAUCCUGAUCUGGCUAUGCGUCGAAGGGGUCGUAAGCCUAACCAUCGUUCCACAGUGUUCGGUCUUAGUUGA